GUUAGUAUAAAAUCAGAUUUGAUUCAUAAGUAUUUCGUCCCUUCUGUUUUCAAAAUUAAGAAAUGGCGCAUCUAAAAUUGUUUACAAUUUGUGCACUUAUAUAUUUUGCCAAUAUAGUGGUAACUUCACCUGUAGUUACUAAUGAUGACUUAAUAGUAACACUAUCUACUGGAAGUAAAGUUCAAGGGUAUGUUCGUCAGAGUUUUGAAGGCAACAAUUUCCAUGCAUUCGAAAAUAUUCCAUAUGCAGAAGCUCCUACUGGAAAAAAUAGAUUUCAGCCUCCAUUGGCCAAAACACCAUGGGAAGGAGUGUUUAAUGCAACUACUGGCAACAAAAUGUGUCCACAAUUUCUUGGUAUUGAUGUAUAUGAUAAGGAUUGUCUUGUUUUAAAUGUAUAUAGACCACUGAAAUCUGAUCAAGAUUUGUUGCCUGUAUUUUUCUGGAUCCAUGGAGGAAGUUUCAACAGUGGAUAUGGUUCUAUUUAUGAUCCAAAAUUGUUAAUUGAUUACGAUAUUGUAAUUGUAACAAUUAACUAUAGGUUGGGAGCUUUAGGAUUCUUAACAACAAUUAACGAUAAUAUUCCUGGUAACUUGGGUCUAAAGGAUCAGUUACUUGCUCUUCGGUGGGUUCACGACAACAUUAAUGCAUUUGGAGGCGAUCCCAAGCAAGUUACAGUAGGUGGAGAAAGUGCUGGAGGCAUGUCUGCCGGGUUUCAUUUACUCAGUAAAUCAACUCGUGGUUUAUAUAAUGGAAUUAUUCAACAAAGUGGCUCGCCAUUAGCUGCUGCUUUCUAUUCAACAAAUACUCGAGAAGUGGCAUUUGAAUUUGGCAGGCAAUUAAAUAAAUCUUUUAAUUCCAGCAGAUCCAGUGAUUUAUUAGAAAUGUUGCAAGAAGCGCCAGUGGCAGAUAUAAUGAACUUACAAGGAACGUUUACAUUUGGAGCUACACCACAGGGACACAUGACAGCCGCUGUUUGGAAGCCAGUUAUGGAGGAAGAAUUCAACGAUGACGCUUUUGUUAGUAGACCCAUGCACAGCUCUGUUCUUAAUGGUGAAUUCAACUUUGUUCCUAUACUUAUUGGUAUUAAUUCUGAAGAGGCUACUCUGUUUGUGAAUACUAGCAGUGAUGCAUUUAUACAAAGAGCAAAAUCAUAUGAUGAAAAUCCAAAAAAUGUUAUAUCUGAAUCUUUUAAUGUAGCUGAGGAUGUUAGAGAAUAUGUUGGUAGAGCACUAAAAAGUCUCUAUACAAAUUCAUCAUUUGAGAAAGAUGGUAUGGGAUUUAUAAAAUACACCAGCGACGAACUAAUUGGACGACCGACAGCACGUCAAGCAGAAGCUGCAUCUCGAUAUGUUCCUGUGUAUAUGUAUCAAUUAUCCUGGUAUAACAAAAGUAAACUUCUUCCAGGUGUUGAACAUGGUGCCGAUUUGUACUAUAUGUGGAAUCUAUCUUUCGAUAGUGAAAGUCACAACGAUGCUCUUCGCAAACCCAUACUCAAGUGGUGGACUAAUUUCAUUAAAUAUCAAAACCCUACGCCUGUAGAAGAUGAAGAUGUACAAAAUGUCAUUUGGCCAGAAGUUAAACCUGGAUCGGUGAAGUAUUUGGAUAUUGAUUCGGCAUUCAAAGUCAAAGAAAACCCUCGACGAUAUUAUACAAUUGAAUCAAUACUGGAUCCUUUUAUACGGGAACCCCUUAUAACAUAUUAGAUAAAUACUGUGUAUUGGUGGAAAGACAAAUAAAAUAAAUGUAAAA